CUGCCGCUGCUGCUGCUGAGUUCACCUUUUGCUUUUAACUUGGUUGGUACAAGGCUGCCCAGUUCAUUUGUUCCUUGUUAACUCCUGCAAGAAAUGACCGGUCAAACUCCUCAGUUUUCUCUUUAGUAAAGAUCCUCUCGGUCGCUUGGGUUAUCUCCGUCUAUGCUUCUCCGGCAAUUCUCUAUAUCCGAGUAAUGAGAGGUAGUGGUAUGCUCUGGCUCAGCCCAGCAGUCUGAGGAGGAGGAGGAGGUGGUGAGCGAUUGAAGAUGUACAGAAACGAAGCUUCUGCACUGGAAAAUGCUGCUGAAGAUUUUCUUGAUACUGACUGGGGUCCCUUUUCAUCACUGGAUCAAAAUGUAUGGCUGAAAGAGACAGCUGGUGUUUUCUCUCAUGGAGGUGUCCCAGAGACCACAGAGAUCGGUGCUUCUCAUGAUGGGACUGGGCAAAUUGCAAGGUGUUCAUCCUUUGGCACUGAGAAGCUCCCUGACAUGCUUGGUUCCAUCCGGACUCCAUCUGCUGCAAGCAGUGAGCAUCAAACCUGGAGCAGGUGUACACAGAAGAGAAGGAAGGAGAUGUCGGAUUGGUUUGCUCCGAGUCCACAAUCCUCAUUUGAUGCAACUCAAAAUGCCAAUACUGAAUGGCAUAAGGAUGUUCCAGUUGACAUUGUAAAUAGUGCAACUAAGAAAGAUGAGAACAAGGAAUAUGACUGUGAGCAAAAUGCAGAUGCCAACUCCUAUAAUCUCGAUGCUAAACUUGCCGAGGAGUCCCACCAGAUUGUUGGUGUGACCAAAGAAGAUCACGUUCGCUCUCGAGCCAAGCGGGGUCAAGCCACAAAUAGUCACAGUCUUGCAGAAAGAGUUCGAAGGGAAAGGAUUAGUGAAAGGAUGAGGUUUCUUCAAAAUCUUGUUCCAGGGUGCGGUAAGAUUACUGGUAAAGCAGUAAUGCUUGAUGAAAUUAUCAACUAUGUCAAGUCACUCCAACAGCAAGUUGAGUUCCUGUCGAUGAAGCUUGCGGCGGUUCAUCCAGAAAUUAAUUUGAAUGUGGAGCAGAGUCUUCUGAAAGAUUGUGGAAGUCCAGCUGCUCCUGGGUACUGUUCAAGAUUAAGCACCUACCAGUCUAAUGGAUGGGGAAGCACACCGACAGGAAUGAUCUACCCACUUGCACACAAUUCAGGGACUAGCAUCUCUCAGAUUCCCUCCAUGGCUCAGGCAUCAAUUCUGUGGGAUGCUGAGCUCCACAAUGUUCUCCAUAUGCACUUCAAUUCAGAUCCCCCAUCCAGAACCCAAUAGAUAAAUGGAGUGCCUCCAGACAGAGUGCUGAAUGAUUCAUGGAAGAAAGUAAUAAGAUGCUUUUCUGCUUUUUAUAUGGGUAUGUCUACUGGUAUCAGGAAUUCUUACAGAAAACAUGACACUUGCUUCAUGUAUAGUCAGAGUUAGAUAGUUGCUGGACUGAGGAAAGCAAGUCUCUGGUGAUGUAUUUGUUGUUUGGUAUGUGAAAAAGGAAAUUGUGUUGGAUUUUGCAGAAACUGUUUAUUGGGUUUUAAUGAAUUAUUGUUUCAAGAA